CGGACCAUCGGCCAUAGCAAAGUCGCAAUCUAGCUGUUGAUAACCGACUACGGCAUUUGCACAGAGGAGACUCAGGAUUCGUAAUUCAACGUUUGAUAAAACCAACUAGCGUGACAAAAUGGCUAAUUGAGAAUAAUUCUGAUAAACGUGACCAGACUGCCAUGAAUAAAGUUUGACAAUAUGUAACUUCAGCUCUUCUUUCCCUGUGAAGCACCCCGAAGGCGUCCGCCAAAAAACUACAUUGCUACCAUUUAAAUUGGAUCGAUUCAAGGUGAAUCUUUCGUGUAAAGUGAUAGAUGAUACAUAGUCACAGGCGACGACCCGUUGCGUUUCAAGUGUGGGGUUUUUUCACUUGGAUGGAACCCUUUUGACAUUGGCACUAACCACCGGUCCUGCAAUAACGACUUCGCUGGUCAGAUCCUGAGUGUUAAUUCCUGUUUUGAUCGCCUGGCUGCCGUUACGGAUCGAAAAAGUACUAAAUCGGAUGGACCAACAAUCAAUAAACACUGUGUUUGCCGCCUCAUAUUUCUGGCCAGCUGUGUGUUAUAGGCGCGACCUUUUCGUUCUGUAUCCAGGACAAAAACAUUAAUCGCAUCAACGGCACUUUCGGCACCAAACAAAACGAGUGAGUCUUUCUAUCCGUCGAAGCUACGAAAAUAUCAGCUGCAAUUACCUGCUUCGUCCGCUGUAUUCAUCGCGCACUUAUUGUGGCCUGAAAAGACUAUUCUGGGUUGUUUUUCCUUGCCAUUUGGACAUUCAAUUAACAUGUUGUUCUCCUAGCGCAUAGAUAGCUAAAUGCGAGUACCUGCGCCAGUUGUGAUAUCAGUGAUCAUAUCGACAGGCUCAACGAAGUAAUGCAGCGGUAACUGAGCGAUAAGGUAGUGUCGAAAUUUUUUAGAUGUCCUAUUGCAGGAGACGUGCUAACGUGCACAUACGCAUGCUUCUCUUAAAAAUCUCAACUUCGUUCUCUUUUGAUGCACAACCUGCACGACGAUAGUUUGUAUUGAAAGGAUUCCUGACAAGCGAUCAACCACCGAAUAAAGUUCGUCACGGUACGCAGGAACCCAUUACUAGCUCUCGUAUAUAGAAUCACGCGUCAAUUUUGGUCACUUAUCUCCGACGGAUCGACUUUCGAUCGUGUGCGUGCGUGCGUGCGUGCGUGUCUUCCAGUUUAGUGCUAAAAAUAGCUGCUUCUCUUGCCAGGACAACCUGAGAAUUGUAACUUUGCUAGAUGUGUAUGUUUGUUUGCGGCAGUUGAUCAUCGACAGAACGGAAGACACAACUGCAGAUAAAAGCUAAGAUGAAACUGAUUGGAGUUCUCGCGCUCUGCGCGGCAGUGAGCAUUGUUCGCGCUCGGGAGGAAGCCCUCGAGCAACUUCCGAAACCCGAAGCCCACCUCAUGAGGGUGCCAUCCACGUCGACUACUACAUUAGCACCUACAAAUGAUUGUGAGUCUAUGGACAAGUGUAACCUUACGGACGCAGUGCCCGGCAACGACGGUCCGAAAUUCAGUGAAAUGGGUCAGCAGGAAAAACUCAAAGUCUGCAGGGCUUUGAAAAAAGCCCUUGACUGUUCGAGCCUGUUCUAUUGCGACCGAUUGACCCGUCUCUUCACCGGUGGAGAGCGAUUCUUCAAGCGGUUCUGCACUAAAAUCUUCCAUGAAAAUGGUCUUACAUCAGAUAAUUGCGUAAGGAGUGUCCACACUGAAGCUGUUGACAGAUGCGCGCUUCACUUAGAGAAAAUGCAACAAUUGGCUAACCACGUUUCUCCAAAUGAAGAGGCUGUGCAACAGGCAUGCUGUGAGCACCGUAUGUAUACCGAUUGCUACCGGCGUGAGGUCAGCGCGAGGUGUUCUGUAGAUCUCUCGGAUGUACCUCUGCACCCGGACCGCAAGGUUGACAUGUACUGUUCAAAAGACUACACAAAUGACCCCGCGGCGCUAUGCCGAGAGCAGCGUCAGUUAAACUUCGAUUCGGUUCAAGCCGGUAUCUCGGCAUCGUCUGCCCUUUUCACGCCGGGUAACAGUGGCUCUGCCGGCAUCGGAUUCGUAACGUGCUUCGCUGUUAUACUUCUACGCGUCCUCGUUUAGAAUUCUCGCAGAACAUGUAUAGAGUACCGCUAUGAAAUAGUACAUGCCUAUAUAUGUCGAACGGACAGAGAGCUUAAUUUAGUAAAAUAUGAGAAAUUAAAUGAGGCGCACCUCAUAGCGACAUCCGUUAGUAACAACAACGAUGAUAGAAGAGUUCAAAGGGCAAAUGAAAAAAAACCGGGUCGAUCGGUGAAUAGCCGAUGAGUAGGCCACUUACGAAACGUUAUGUCCGUAUCCCUGUGGCGAAAUGCCGGUAAAAAUUCAUUCUAUAGUGAUAAAUGUACUCAACGUCAAUAUGAGUCGCACACUAGUCGAACGGAUACGAAAGAACGAGAAUAAACUUGCAAAAAGUUUAGUUGAGGUCGAAAAGGGCAAAGGGACAUGCCGAUAGACAAUAUAAACCUGAAUAGGUCGAGUAAGGUCAAAUAGGUAGCGUCGAUAAGCGUGUUGUGAAAUCUACACUGACACAUUGUAAAGCUAACAUUUACCAAUACAGGUUGAAAGACCUUCGGUCAACUUUCGACCUUGCAACACCUAGCCCUGUGCCAAUAAUUGAAAUUCAACAAAAUUAAAUUCUAUAAGCCUUGCUUAAAAAGUUAUUGGGACAGUAAUUUUCACGUUCGAUGUAACGUUUUUGCGGCCAAUAGCGAAGAGUGGAAUCAUCAAAAAACCCUAAACCAGUAAGAUAAGGCAACGAAUACAUAGAACUAACUGUACGUUAGAUAAGUUAAAGUAACUAACCCAAGAAUAUGUGUUCUAGUUAAUAGGAGAGUAGUACGAUAAUGCACAAGUCAUUGUAACUAUUAAAACCUAAGUAAUAAUCGAUAGCUUAAUAUAAUGACGAACGCGAAGCUGUGGGACUUGUUGAAGGGUGUAUUUUUCUAGGGAUUGACGAGCGUGUCCCUUUUCGGAGCGGUGUGGUAAUGAUGAAUGAUAGAACACGGAAAAACGAAAACGAUCCAGGGUAAGAAACAAACCACGAGAGAGGGUGUAGGCGAAAAAUCGGUUAGGCUAAAUAGUAAUAGUAAUGAUAAUGAUAGUAGGAUGUUUUCAAAGCCGUUUUACAAUUUACUGCCUAAACGAAGAACAAAUUAAAUAACAAACUGGGAGAAGUCUGAACAAAUCUCCGUCCGGCUGUAGCUAACAACCGAGAAACCACAUGGGUGCCGGUCGAUACGAGCGCCAAGCCUCCAAAUACUGAAUGUACUAUAGCCGUCCUAUGGACGAUAUAGAAUAUGAAGGAAGAACGAGAGUUGAAGAAUGAAGAAAACAGAGUUCUUUACUGUAAAAUGUUACUAUUAUGACUUGUACUGUUGCUAGCUAGCUCUUGUAGUCUGUGAACUCCAUCCAUGCGACGAUAAUGAUUCAAGCAUGGCGUACGACAUAAACCAGUCUGUAAUCAUUUGCCGUUUCUGUUGUACAGCGUCAUAGAUUAGUUGUGUUCUGUAAGAAAGGAGACAGUAUCGGAACAUGUAAAAAUCAGUUGCAAAGUCAGCAUGAGGUGACUCUACGAACGUAAACCUGACCGCUAGUAGAUAGUAAUCGGGUUCCACUGAUUACACAUGGACAGUGGCCACCUGCUGCAGCAUUCAUUUAUAUAUAUAUAUAUGUAUAAAUGAAUACCUGGUAUCUGUAGGCCUAACUUGAGCUGUUCGCAAGCACCACACUGUAUAGAGAUUGCAUAAACAGGAGCCACUGCGAUUUCACGAGUACGUUGAGGAUAUUUGGUCUAACGAACAUCAAAAUUAGAGUAAAAACAUAUUCACAAAAAUUCGCGUGUAUGUAUUAGAAUCGAGAGAAAAAUAUCAAACACCAAAAAGAGUAGAAGGAUCGAUUAACAAAUCUUGGCACGUCCCGAGCACUCCUACACAUUUUACUGACCUUACCACGCCAGCAGAAUUUCGAAAAUAAUCAAGUAUCCUCCCUGAACCUUUCGCACUGGGGCCCAUCAUGAGGCAGUCGACGACAGCGAACUUUCGAGUGCUCAAUGGUCGCGAGUAAAGCAUUUCAUGUAAAAAUAUUUGGAAAUGGUCCCUUUUCUGCCCGUAAUAACCAUGAUAUAUCUUUAAGUUAGUACGAUCAAUCAGUCUAGCUAUUUUCUAUAUUGCUCCUAUUGACCUUGAUAUCGAAAAAGGAAACAGAAGGAAAAAAGAAAAUCAAACGAGCAAAAGGUGGAAAUAUGAGAGGGUCUGAAAGACAAGGAGACAGACUGUACUACUUUGAAGCGGUGGAGAACAUGAGCAAUUGAAACUGAGCUAACCGAUAUCAUUAUUGCCUUUACCACUGUGACGUUAUUAUUAUUACUCGAGAAAGAGCCGGGCCGCAAAGUGACGUCCUUGACGUUGAAUCGAUCACGUGAGUAACGUACGAAACAAAAGUUGGAAAGCUGAAAUCGAACGAAAAAAAAAAACAGAGCACAAUACCAAUAACAAUAUCAACAGCAUGUUACUAUAAUGGUUAGUAGUGUUUUUUUGGCUAAGUUCUGAUGUUGUUGAAUGUGCCACAAUAAACCCUAACAAACAAUAAUAACCAAACG